AUGAUGAGAACUGCCUUCGAGGAUAUGAAUAAUAAAAGAAGAUUAACACCUCCAAGUACUCCAACUAAAAGAAGAAAGUUUGUAGAUAUUGAUUUAGGUGAAAGAGGUAAGAAAUUCGAUAUUAGACAAGAUACUAUUACACCUCCAACCACACCUACCAAACCAAAAUCUAAUGUUUACACAAAAGCUAAAGCAUUAUUCCAAAGAGGAAGCUCUAGUGAUGUUUUGGUUGGAAGGGAAGACGAAAGAGAUGAAAUCAAUGAGUUCAUUCAACAUACUGUAGGUUUCAACUAUAGUGAUAGUUUAUACAUUUCUGGACCUCCAGGAUGUGGUAAGACUGCUCAAUUAGAUGCUUCUCUUAAAGAAUAUGACUGUAAGAGAGGUCAGAUGACCAUUAAAGAUAAUAAAUGUAAAGUGGUCAAGAUCAAUUGUAUGAGUUUAGUCAAUUCUAAUGAAAUUUUCAAUGUCAUUGUCACAUCAGCUGGUCAAAAGGGUUCUUUGAUAGAUAUUCUUAAAACUGAAAACACUUUCAAAUCGUUAAUGAUCAUCUUAGAUGAAAUUGAUUGUUUAGAAGAUGGAAUUUUAUUAGAAUUAUUCAGUUUAUCUAAUAAAAAGAAUCAUUUAGACCAUAAAACUAAGUUGAUUAUGGUUGGAAUUUCCAAUGCUAUUGAUUUGACAACUAAAGUUCUUCCUUUGGUUUCCAGAACUAAUGUCCAACCAAAGCUUCUCAACUUUAAACCUUAUAAUUUUGACAAAAUUCAAAAAAUCAUUAUUUUCAAAUUAAAAUCGUUGAUCGAAAGUAAUAAAGAAAAUACUAGUGAAAACUUCAUCCCCAUAGUUAAUGCCUCAGCCAUCUUAUUAUGUUGUAAGAAGGUAUCAAGUGUAACAGGGGAUUUAAGACGAUCAUUUGAUUUAAUCAUUAGAUCUAUUGAAAUGUUAGAAAAGCAAAUGUCCCUGGAAGAUUUAGGACAUUACGACUUUUUGACUGCACCAAGAGUACAAAUAAACCAUAUGGCAAGUGUUUGUAAUUUAAAUAAUGGUUCAAUCCUUCUGAAGUUGAAUCAUUUACAAAAAAAAGUAAUUGUACAUUUAUUCAAUUUCCAAAAAUCCAGUACUAAAGUAGGUAGUGUCAAUAACUUUUUUGACUAUUAUACUCAAAAUAAUCAUAUUAAGAUGAAGAAAUCUGAUUUCUUAGAGAUUUUAGGGACUUUAGAUUCAAUGGGAGUAGUCAAUUUGGGGAAAGAUAUUAGUAUCAAGACGGAUUAUAUGGAAUUUAAGAAUAGUAUUAAGAACGAGAAUAUCGUCAGAGAAUUAAUUUAG